AUUUUUUGAGCUCAUCUCACGAUUUAUUCAUCGUAUCCCACAGAUUUUUAAUUCGUUCCCAUAAUUUAUUGGUAUCGUCUGAUUGGAUAUUAAUGCAAUUGAACCAACAAAUUCUGGGAAACGACAAACACAUCGUGGGAAGAUACCAAAAAACUUGUAGGAACCAACCAAUAAAUCGUGGGAGACCCUGCAUUGUUGGCCCGAUUCCAGUUGGAGUCACCCGGAGUUGGAGUCACCAGGAGUGGGAGUCGCCAGAAGUCGACGGGAAACAGAAUAAAACUGGAGUCAGCACUGGAUGCACUUCGUAAAAGAGCUUUGUUUAUAGGAUUAGCGCUUAGCGACCACAGCAACGACCGAACCCGGCUGAAUGUGACUCUAGUCGAAGCCAACCGACUCCGACUCCGGACGACUUCGAUUCCAGUCGACUCCAACUCUGGAGUCCUUGAUAGACUCCCACUUCAACUCCGACUCGAGACGACUCCUGAUGACUCCGAUUCCUGCUCUGGACGACCCCAAGCGGCUCCCGAUAAUGCUGGUCGGGAAUGGGGUACGAAAUUGUUUGAGUCGAAUCAGAGUCGUCUUCGGAUUUUUGCUAUUUAAAUUCUGGAUCGAUUUCUGGGAGCGAAAAGGCAGUAACUUGUAAAAUGUUACGAAGUGAUGCAUACAGGGUUUUGCAGGAUAUACCCGCGAGUUGGCAGAGCAAUGUGCAUUUAAAAUUGUUUACAAAUCAUAAACUCCGUAUAGCUUGGAUAUACCGACCUUGGUAGAUGUUGACAUUUGUUCCACCGACUUUGUUUACCAACAAAUCCUGAUGCUGGUUCCAAAUGGCGAUCGUUGCACAGGAAUUAUUAUCUAUUUGUCGGUUUUGUUUGUGCCAGGAGGAGAAACAGUUGCUGCCCAUUACAAAAAUAAUACACCCUUCACUAACAAUUGAAGAUGUACGACGAUUCACUGGUAUACAGCUACAUCCGAACGAUGCGUUACGGCUAGCAAUGUGUUUAGAAUGUUUCGACAGUCUCAGAAGAUCAGCCGACUUCCGGAAUGCAUGCAUACGUAACGAACCCACCUUCCAUCAGCUGUGCGUUGGGCCGUCUACCAGUGACAACCACGGGCUGGCUAAAAACACACAGGAUGUAGAUCCGUUGGAGGUUCAAAUAGAAGUUCUUCGAGUUGAAACUGAGCUGUUCGAUGAGGACACGUUUGUGAAUGGCAAUCAAAAUACAAGCACCGUCCCAUCCCAUCAAGAAAUUGCGACAAAAAACAAUGACCAGUACUCGGCCAACUGCAUCGCCAUAAACGAACCGCCGGCCGAAAGGCUCACUGUACAGCAAGCUCCCGACAGCGAUAAGGAAACACCGAAUGACGAUGAUUUUACUUGGCACGAGAGCGAAACAGACCCAGCACGAGAUGGGAAGCAAAAACUCGUCCUCAAAAAACGUCCCAAUAGAAAACGAGCAGGUGCCGAACAGAUCACAAGAAGGGACCCUGCACGCGAAGCGAAGUCGUCUUCCACAGGUGGUCGUAGUGCACGUGUGCUUUGCAGCAUAUGCGGCACGUUCGUAAGCAACCUGAAUUUUCAUCAAAACUAUCACCACGCUAAAACGUCCAUCAAGCUUUCCUGCCCACACUGUCCGGCCAAGAUCACGCAUCAGAAAAACCUGACGCGACACAUCAAUACGGUACAUCUGAAGAUAGUGGAGAAGACGUGUGAAAUAUGCGGCAAAGAGUUCACCACUAAUAAUAGCUACGUGUCCCACAUGGACUCACAGCACUACACAGGCGAGCCGCUCGAAUGCAGCGUGUGUGGGAAGAAGUUUAGACACGCGACCAAUCUGAGGCGCCAUACAUAUGCAGUGCAUAAUGCAAAACGAUAUUGCUGUGGGAUUUGCGAUAAAUCAUUCAAAUCAAGCGGACUGCUUAACAUCCACCAACGCGUUCAUUCAGACGCUCAGCCGUACGCGUGUAGCCAGUGCCCGAAGCGUUUCAAAAGCCGGUUUGCAAGAAAAACACACGAAUUGACACACAGUGGCGUUCUGUUUAAAUGUACGCUUUGCGAAAAAUCCUACCGUUAUAAAUCGCUGCUGAGCAUGCAUAUGAGAAAGAUGCACCCGGAGGAAAACACGCAUAAUGAGGAAGAAUCAAUAUGAGCGGCGGUUAAUCGAAGCAAUGCACUCAGCAUAUUAUUGUAACAUUAAGCUUGUUCUUCUUAUUUGGUGCAACAGCCCAGGCGAUCUAGGCAUCCAUUAAUAUGAUUGGCAAUCUGUGGCAUAAAUAGAUGUAUGAUAGAUAGGAUAAGCCCAUUACGGACGUGGUGGUAAGUCGUGCUAGUUGACGACUGUACCGCAAGACCCUCGCUUAAGUUACAUUAAGUAAGAAGAAAUGUACAAAACAUCAUAAUAUUUAAAAAUAUAAAACAAUCUUUAAAGAAAGAUUGAAGUAGGCAUCAUGUUGCCAAAUUAUAAGAAUUAUAGAAUACCGGAGAAUUGAGAAUUGUACAAUGUACAUGGUUACAAAAGGUACAAUCGGUAAUUAAUAUAGAAGGUUUACUUACG